AUGGAGGAGCUUCUGUUACCGAGCAGUGAAGAAGAAGCGCGCUCUGACCAAAGUUCCUUCGUUCCCGGAGAUGCUGGGAGGACGAUGGGGGAACGACUCAAGUGUUUUUUCCAGGAUUUGGUGAAGGGGGAACUGACCAGGAGCGUGAGAGAUUUCUGCAAGAAGAAUGGGCUGUUGACGCUCUCCGUCGUUUCUGUGAUAACUGGUUGCACCCUGGGCUUCAUGCUGAGAGGAACUCAGCUGUCUACACAGGCCAAGAUCUACUUCUCUUUUCCUGGAGAGCUGUUGAUGAGGAUGCUGAAGAUGCUCAUCCUUCCUCUCAUCACGUCCAGUUUAAUGUCAGGUCUGUCUUCAAUGGAGUCAAAGGCGUGCUGCCGGAUGGGCGUCCUCACUGUGACCUACUACCUGUGGACCACCUUCAUGGCCGUGGUGGUCGGCAUUGUGCUCGUCGUUAUCAUCAAACCUGGUGUGGGGACGGAGAUGGACAGCAACCGGCUGGGCGGCGGGCCCGUCAUGACUUCAGCCGAUGCCCUACUUGACCUGAUCAGAAACAUGGUUCCCUCCAACCUGAUUGAAGCCACGUUUCAGCAGUACAAAACAGACCUGAUCCCCAUCCUCAAAGUCCCAACCAGAACCAUCCAGCCCAACUUUGUCUACGUCGUCCCAGAUGACAGUGACCCCAAAGGCCGGACGGUGUACCUGGAGCUGACUCCGCCUCCAGAGGUCACGUACAAGACCAGUCCUGGCAGCAGCCAGCAGAUGAACGUCCUCGGCAUCGUCAUCUUUUCAGCCACUAUGGGUCUGCUGCUGGGCAGGAUGGGAGAACGCGGCGCUCCGCUGGUCAACGUCUGCCAGUGCAUCAACGAGUGUGUGAUGAAGAUCAUCAACGCUGCUGUGUGGUACUUUCCGUUUGGGAUUAUCUUCUUGGUGGCAGGGAAGAUUCUGGACAUGCAAGACCCGAGUACUCUGGGGAAAAAGUUGGGCUGGUACGGCAUCACCGUGCUCGCCGGCCUCUUUGUCCACGGCCUCAUCCUCCUCCCUUUCUGCUACUUCAUCCUCACCAAGAAGAAUCCGUUCAGCUACAUCCGCGGGCUGCUGCAGGCCAUGGUGAUCGCGCUGGCCACCUCCUCCAGCUCUGCCACUCUGCCCAUCACCAUGAAGUGUUUGUUGGAAAACUGUCAUGUGGACCGACAGAUAGCUCGUUUCGUCCUCCCUGUCGGAGCCACCAUCAACAUGGAUGGCACAGCGCUGUACGAGGCGGUGGCAGCCAUCUUUAUUGCCCAGGUUAAUGACUACGAGCUGGACUUCGGCCAGUUGGUCACCAUCAGCAUCACCGCUACGGCCGCCAGCAUUGGUGCAGCUGGCAUUCCUCAGGCUGGGCUGGUUACCAUGGUGAUUGUUCUGACCUCUGUGGGCCUGCCGCCUGAUGACAUCACGCUCAUCGUAGCCAUCGACUGGAUUCUGGACAGGUUUCGGACCAUGAUCAACGUCCUCGGUGACGCCCUGGCAGCAGGAAUCAUCGCUCACCUCUGUCGGAAAGACUUCCCUCUGAGCGGAGUGGGAAAGUCGGUGCCAUCAUACGGGACGCAGGGACCUCACAACAACUCCCACAGCAUCGACGUGCCAAUGACUGAGCUGCACACGCACAAGGACUCAAUGUUCGAGAUGACGGGCGACUCGAUGGGCCACGGACACGCACACACCGUCUACUACAACAUCUGCCAGGUGUGAAGGACCAGGCGAAGUCUCAGACCUCUCCAUCGUGCCAUCUGAACUCGCACACGAAACAUCUCCUCGCUCCUCGUUCGAAUGAAGCAACGAGAGCGCUGCUUCGUCCGGAGCUUCGUGUUCCCGCUCAGCUCACAGGAAACUCACCUGGUGGCUUGAGAGUGGAAGGUGACUGGAUGAAACCAGAUCCCACCAGAGGAUUAUUGGCUGAAGUGGAUCAGACCUCAGAUCUGGAUCACAUUGGAAGGCUCAUCAGCAUCUUUCAGAACCAAACGGGACCAAGUGAAACAGUCUGAUCUGUCAGGUGAUCACACAUACUGUACCUCUGAGUGAACUGCAAUCUGAUUGGCCAGCUCUGGGAGCUCACGCUGCCUAAAGUGUUAAAGGUAGUGAAUGAAACAAAGUGCUCUUCAUCUCGAAGACUCAACCUUCCUCUUCGUCUGCAUGCUGGCAUGCUCACCGACUGACUUCAUUUUGAAGUGUCUGUGCAUUAUUUUCUCUUUUUGGUGUUCGAACGAUGCAAAGUAAAUAAUUAGUAAGUAAAUAAUUCUGUAGGAAGUGUGGGAAUGUCACCGAUGACAGCUGCAGCUAAUGCGAACAGAUUUCAUGCCUCUCUUCAGAAGACUGACCACAGACUCAGCAGAACUUCUCCAGAACCAGCCGAGUCCAGAUGAAAAGCUCUGGAGGACUUGCAGACGUGGGUUCGGGCUCUGAACUGGUGGGUACACAGAUUUCCAUUUGCCGUUAGAAGGUUUCAGGUUCAUAGAUGAAUGUGUGACACAUGGAGGAGGUCAGCGGAACAAGCCCCGACUGCUGGGUAUGUUCAUUAAACUGUGGCCUGUUCGUAUGGAGUGCCAUUUCAAUCAAAGGAUGAAAAGAUCAAAAAGAAUUCUUACAGCUACAGUUGGGAUAGAAAAAAUAAACCUAGUCACGCUGGAAUGUCGAACGUUGGAAGAACAAAAUGACGUUAUUUUGUUCUCUUCCUGCUGUGGAAGUUCUGCAGCUUGUUCUUGAUGCAUCAUUCUGGGCAGAACUGUUUUUGUCCAGGAACCAAUGAGAUAUUUUGGUCUGUGUUAACCAGGAAAAGGCUGAUUCUAGCAAGCUGAGGGAGAAUACUGCCACCUAGUGGAGUGGAGCUGAACACACCUGGUGCUGCUGGGAGGACAGCGGCGCUAAUAAAGGACGAAGUUGAGCAGAAACAGGUUGAGUUUUGGAGUCAGUGUGCUGCGGAAACAAACUUUAUUUACUCAAAAGAAAAGCACAACAAAGUUAUCAGUCUGUGCAAAGUCAUGCUCGCGGUGAUGCAAACAAUAUAGAGAAAUCUUCACUCUUUGAUUUGACUUUAAUUCUUUAUUUUCCAAAUUGGUAAAAGAUUCAAUUCAAAUAAUAAAUUAAUAAUUUUCUUUUAUAUCAGAUUCGUAAUCUGUCCCACAGACCCGACAUGUUUCUACCUCCUCUGAUGAAGACGGUUUCCAUGGAAACAUGCUUACGUGUCUGACAAAGAAAUCGAAAAUUAUGUUGGAUUCAGCUCAAGUACAAAGGUUUAAGUAAAGGUACAUGACACCAAAAAUGUAUUUUCAAGGGAACAAAUGAGGUUAAUAUUUCAUGCAGAUCCCAUCGGUGGUUCUGCUGCUCCGAGCAGGGAUCAGUCUGCUUAUUUAUUUCAAAUCUAAUCAUUUUACAGGAUUUUUAAAUGAAAUAUUUUUUUUUAUUUUAUCUUGACUGAAAUGAGAUUCUGUAUGUUUGGACAAAGCAGCUGUUUAAUAAUAUUAAAUGAACUCAUUUACAACUGAGAACAUGUGACUCGUUAAAUCCCACGAAGCAGUUCUUUUUCACCGUGACUCCUCCCCGGGAUUUGAACCCAAAGUUUGUUCCUUUUUAUUUUUCUCUGCGACUCUUUUUAUGUUUGUUUACAGUUUGUUUAUGUAAAAUAAUUCAUCACUGCAGCUGUUAAAAAUGAUCAUGUUUCACCUUUUAAAAUGCCGGUGAACAUCACUGACAAUUAUAAAAACUGGCUAUUGGAGGUACUUUAAUUUCUCUUGUUCUCAUUUAGAGUUUCUGAUCACGUGAGACAAAAGCAGGAAGAUAUUUCCUGACGGCUUCAAUCUGAAGCAAAUAUCUGGGAUUUUGGUGAAGUGCCCCCCAAAUUCAUCUGUCGUCUCUCAGUAGAGUUAAACAUAAAAACGUAGACCUGCCUUAAUGUGUCCACGGACUCUGUUGUUUUAACCUCAGUGUUCAUCUGCCAACAAACACCAUCACCCCAACAACCUGUUAGUUUCCACCAAUCAGAACCAUGUACACACAUUUUUAUAUGUUCAAUCAUUUAUUUGUGUCAUAUGUUUGUAU